GGGGUGUAGCAACUGCAGUACUUCAAAUCUCUCUCUCUCUUUAGUAGGUGUCGUGUGUAUACGUUAGUAUAAACAUGAGGGCUGCUAUAUUAUAAAAAUAAAAUCUAUUUAAUCCUCCAAGGUCGCUACAUAUUAUUAUUUACUACAAUUCCAUGCUUACCAAAUUACUUCCACAUAAAAGACAUACAAACAUGCUAUCUACUAUACAAUUCCAUUGAAACACACGCAGUACCCAGGUAGUAUUUCACUCCUGAUAAAGCAAGUACACGUAUCAAUAUAGUAAAAACUCAUUACAAUAGUAUAACGCACAGUCCAUAUAUCUGCUAAUAUGUCAGAUAAGCAUCUCGUAGAAGAUGAUGACUUUCCGGAAGAAGUCGAGUUCCAAGGGGGUGAGGACAACGCCUUCCGAGAUUCACAGCCGCCAAAAAAUUGCUGUGCAAAAAUGGUAGACGAUGUUAAAAAUGUUAUACAAGAUGGCAUCACGCCAAAGAAGUUGGCACUAUCGGUUGCCUUUGGUAUAAGCUGUGGCUUGUUCCCAAUCCCAGGAGCCACCGCACUGGCCUGCUUAUUAGCGUCCUUCAUGUUCGGGCUGAAUAAAAUUAUAAUACAAGUCAUCAAUCUGCUGCUGACCGCGGUGGAGAUUAUUUGCAUCCCGUUGUUUGCGAAGUUUGGCUACUUCGUAUUACGGCAAACACCGCUUGAUAUAAAUAUCAGCGAGAUUGUCGACCAACUCAAAGAGGAUUUCUUCGCGACUCUAGGCAAAUUUGCUGGUUAUUUCGGAUGCGCCGUGUUCGGUUGGCUCUUGCUUUUAAUCCCCAUAUCCGCCAUAGUAUUCGCUAUCAGCUAUCCCAUCUUCUGGCACACCCUCCCGAAACUGCAACGAAAAUACGCUCAGUUUGUGGACGAAGAUGAGGAUGCGCUCGAGGAUGAUGCGAUAGCCUCCGGAGAGGAAUGGGGCACAGACACCGAAUCCGGAACCAACGAGCACAAUGACGGUCUGCGUGUAGUUGGUGAUGGUAAUGUGGCGCCUGACGGUGCCUUUGCAGUUGACGUAGACGCUGACAUCUCGAAUGAGGCCACGAUAAGGUAACCCAGAUAAAUCAUUCAACGGGAAUUGCAAUAAGCCUCAUUUAGUAAUUCUCUGGAAUAAAAUGGACCUGAUUGAAACACUCCGCUUUUUUGCCCGAUUGUCUUGUUAUACAAUACACCCACAGAUCGUUUUCAAUUACUGAUAGCCUCGUGACAACUAUUUUGGCAUGUAUAACAAGAAGCCAGCGACCACAUCAAUAGCUAUAUUGUGGUAUACAGCUAAUUAUAUGUAUAAUUCUACUGAUGCGCGACAACGAUGGGUUCAGUUUACAUAAGCGUUUACUUUCAGAGUAAAUUCUCUUCUCACUGCUCAAUCUAUACAUACAUGUAGAUGUGUGUUAACGACUCUGAGAAAAGCGAUAAAUUGCUUAACACUAUUAAGCGCAUCAUUCUAUCAUAUUGCACAAGCGAACAAAAGUCAUCGCAAUCAAAUUCAAAUAU